GAUUUUGAAGCCGACUAUCGGACAACCGGACAGCCGGAUAGGAUCUCUUCAGAGACAAAAUCCCAUGGAAACUGGUACAAGAUUCACUCCGUCUAAACCUCAUUUUUUCCAACCUCUCCUUCCGAAUUUACAGUUCCAAUCUGAGCUUUCGAUUCCUGUAAGUUUCUUUGAGAGAUACUUAAAAGGAUCAAAGUGUGAGAGAGCUGUACUGAGAAGCUUCGGAGGGAGGACCUGGCCGGUGAAAAUGAAGGGUCGGAAAUUCAAAGAUGGGUGGGAAAACUUCGUCCAAGAUCAUGAUUUGAAGGUUUGGGAUUUCGUGGUUUUCAAGCAUGAAGGAGACAUGGUGUUUGAUGUUAUGGUUCUUGACACAAGCACCGAAUCCCAGAGAGAAUACCCUCACUUUGAAACGAAAAUAAAAGGAGAGGAAGAGAAUGUAAAAGAUAUCUGCAAACCGAGUGCUUCUCAAAAAUCUGGAAACCCUUAUUUCUUUGCAACUCCGAGUGCUCUUGACUGGAAGGAGUACAGACUGCGUGUACCAAGGAGUUUUGCGCUGUCCAAUGGGCUGAGCGAUGGGGUUCGUGAGAUCAAGCUUGUUGAUGAACAAAAGAGAUCAUGGACAGCGAAGUUAAUACCAAAGAAGGGUAGUAAUGGUAUCGUUCGUAUUGGACAUGAUUGGAGAGGGUUGUGCAUUGCGAAUGCCAUCAUGGCAGGGGAUUCUGUCAAAGUCGAGCUGGUUGAGAAAGAGGAGAAGCCUGUUUUUAAGGUUUACAGAUUAAAUCCAAGGGACUAGGCAGAGCAUCGAGUGUGGAACUGAUGUCUGUUCAAUGGUUGAAGCAGUUUUUCAGGACAAUCCAGGAACACAUAAUCUGACUAAUUGGAAGAGAGAUGUUUUUGUCUGCAACAGCUGGGUUUUCUUUAAACAAAGACGAUGUAAAAUG